AUGUUCAACGUCUCAGCCAGACGACUAUUCCAUACUACAUCUACCCAAUUAUCAGAAUUUUCUCACAUUGUCAUCGGAGGAGGUGUUGUUGGUGUAGCUACUGCAUCUGAACUACAACAACAAUCAGGUAACAAUGUGCUUCUCGUUGACCAACACGACAGUUUGGGUCAAGAGACUACAUCGCGUAAUAGCGAAGUGAUACAUGCUGGAUUAUAUUACCCCAAAGCUAGCUUGAAAGCACAAUUAUGUAUUGCUGGUAAAAACAAAAUUUAUCAAGCUUGGAAUCUGGGGAAUUUGCCAGUUGAUUUAAAGCAAUGUGGUAAGUGGGUUGUUGCUCAAGAUAAUGUUGAGGAGGAGUAUUUGCACAACUUGGAGCUCAAUGCUAAGGAAUUGGAUGUUCCAGUGCAUUUUGUGCCCACAAAUAAAGCAAAGCAGCAAUACCCACUAAUUCGUGCCAACAAAGCCAUACUUGAAAGCCCCACUUCUGGAAUCAUAUCGGCCCAUGAAUUUGUCUCAUUUCAUGAAGCCAAUUUUGAAAAUAGUGAGGGAACAAUUGGAUUAAACAGUAGGGUGGUUGGCAUUUCACAUAACCCAGGCACUUCCAACUAUACGAUUACGGUCGAUGUUGAUGGUGAAGUAAUGGAAAUCACCAGUGAUAAUGUGGUCAACUCAGCUGGACUAUUUGCUGCAGACAUAGCCAACAUGGUCUUACCUCAACAACGACACUACAACUACUAUUACGCCAAGGGCAAUUAUUUCAGCUACACUCCCGAAACACCAAUUGGUCAAAAAAUUACCGAUAAGCUAAUCUAUCCUUGCCCAAACCCCAAUGCUUCCUCGUUAGGUACUCACCUAACUCUCGAUUUAGGCGGUCAAUUGAAAUUCGGACCUGAUUUGGAAUGGUUGGAUGUGACCAAUGCCAGUGAAAUUGAUUAUACGCCGAAUCCCCGCAACUUACAACCAGCUUAUGAAGCAGUCAAGCAAUAUUUCCCAGCAAUCACGCCAAAUUCAUUAUCGCCUUCGUAUUCUGGAGUAAGACCAAAGCUACUCUCAGCAAAAGAGAGUAAGCAAAAAUUUGCUGAUUUCGUAAUCAAGGAAGAAGAAGGGUUUCCCGGGUUUGUUAACCUCUUGGGGAUCGAAAGCCCUGGAUUGACUGCAGCUUGGGCAAUUGCCGAUUACGUAAAGGAUAUUUACCAUAAAUAG